GCGGCUGUUCCUGGAUAGAGUGUUCCCAGGAGCCUGAUCCAGACCCACUCAAGGCAGGACACCACAGUGAGGCUCCUGAUGGAGCAGCCACCGGAGCAGGAAGGGAUGCUCCCAGCCCCUUCCAAUGGGAAAGGGACUCCCCAGCUUCUAGAAGAGGCCAUUGGUGGGGAGGAAAAGCCGACUGGAAGCGAGGAGAUCCCAGCACCGGAUGCAUCUUGUGCCCCACAUCUCCCCCCCAUUGAGCAUCUGCAGGAGGAUGCUGAGGAGAAGCAGUGUGAGGAGGAUGGGGGGUCCCUGCCGGGUCCCCCCGUGUCCACCUCCAGUGCUGGGGCACUGGGGUUACCCUCAGAGCCCCCCCAGAUCCAGCCCCCGAGUCAGGAAGCGGAGGAGGAAUUCUACUGCGUGAAGUGGAUCAGCUGGAAGGGCGAGAGGACCCCGGUCAUCAUGCAGAGUGAGAACGGGCCCUGCCCGCUCCUCGCCAUCAUGAACAUCCUCCUCCUGCAGUGGAAGGUGAAGCUGCCCCCGCAGAAGGAGGUGGUCACGGCCGAGGAGCUGAUGGCACAUUUGGGGGACUGCAUCUUGGCCACCCAGCCCCGGGAGCCAUCGGAGGGGCUGCAGCUCAACUUCCAGCAGAACAUCAGUGACUCCAUGAUGGUGCUCCCCAAGCUCUCAACGGGGCUGGAUGUCAAUGUGAGGUUCACGGGGGUCUCAGACUUCGAGUACACACCGGAGUGCAUCGUCUUCGACCUCCUCAACGUCCCGCUCUACCACGGCUGGCUGGUGGACCCCCAGAGCCCGGAGGUGGUGCAGGCCGUGGGCAAGCUCAGCUACAACCAACUGGUGGAGAAGAUCAUCACCUGCAAGCAGGCGAGUGACUCCAGCCUGGUGAGCGAAGGGCUGGUGGCAGAGCAGUUCCUGGAGUCCACGGCCUCCCAGCUCACCUACCAUGGGCUGUGUGAGCUCACGGGGGCCGUCAGGGAGGGCGAGCUCAGCGUCUUCUUCCGCAACAACCACUUCAGCACCAUGAUCAAGCACAAGGGCCACCUUUACCUGCUGGUGACGGACCAGGGCUUCCUGCAGGAGGAGAAGGUGGUUUGGGAAAGCCUCCACAACGUGGAUGGGGACAGUUGCUUCUGUGACACCGAUUUCCACCUCAGCCACACACCGGGCAAGGAAGGGGCUGCUGCGGCCCCCCCAGAGCACCAACACCAGCAGAGACAAGUGGACCAGGAUUACCUGAUCGCGCUGUCCCUGCAGCAGCAGCAGGGGCAGGAACCCUCCACCCUCAGUGACCUGGAGCUGGCGCAGCAGCUGCAGCAGGAGGAGUACCAGCAGCAGCAGCAGCAUCCUCAGCAUCGCCAUCACCCCCAGCAGCAGCCACAGGCCCCAGUGCAGGGCCGGGGGCGGCCGCCCGGGGAGCAGAGGCAGCGGCAGAAGCCAGACUUGGACUGUGUCAUCCUAUAGCCCCUAUGGGGGCUCCUCAGGGGCUUGUGUGUGUGGGGGGGGUCCCCACAUCCAGAGACCCCCAACUUCCCAUCCUGGCCUCCAGGGUGU